UAAAUAGAAGAAAUCCUGUGACUUGUGGUUUUGUGAGAAAAGGAUAUCCCCUGUGCUUUAAGUAAGUGAAAGAUAGUAAGUGCCCUUAAAAUAAACCUGGUGUGGAAUCACACUCUUGGUACUUUGUGAAGAAAAGAUCUGCGACGUGGCCUGUGGUAGGAGAAGAUGCAGGUUUCAGUAGUCAGUGUAUCAGAGCAGUUUGAGAUCAGAGAAGCACUCUGGGCUGGUGUUAGGUGAGUUCUGUUUUAGAAUCUUCUGUCUCUGUUGUUAACUUGCCACAUUAUCUUAGGAGAGCUGCUUCAGUUCUUGUGCCUUGCCUCCUUUGUAAAACUGGGAUAAUAUUACUGUACCUGCUCUAUUAUCUUGUUAAAAAACUGCUGAGAUAAUAGAAAUUGCUGACAUGUAAAUGUCACUGAUUGGAAAGGAAUAAUAGCCUCACCAGUGCUGGGUAGUGUUUUUGCUAUUCGUAAGAAAGGCCCUGGUUCAUACACACAGGCAUGUUCACACACACAUACCCACACCAAGUCUAGCAAUGAAAGAUCCAGUAAAGCCUUUGGAUUCCGUGAAAGGAUAAAGUAACAUUUAGUAAAUGGUGAAAGUGUUUAUUAAGAAGUUAUUCAUUGUUUUGAUAUAAGCUCCAUGAAAAUCUUCAAUCAGAAUUUAUAUUAAUUUUUCAAUGAGCCCAGAACUGAAAUGUUUAUUACCUACUGAGGCAGAGGAAGAGAACAGCAAACUAUGGGAAUUAAGCCAACUUUGCAACUUGCUGUGAUUUACUGAGUCAGAUUAUUUUCUUUUGUCACAGUUUUUGUCAAAAUGGAUAAAGGAUUAGUUGUCACAAAGUUUAAAAGUGUGAGAAAUUAGCCUAAGUGCAGUGGUUUCUCACAUGGAGCUUUGCAUACCCCUCAAGCAGCAGAAUCAGUUUAUUCCAAUGAAGUACUCCCGCCAAACGAAAGCAUGUUGUGCACAUGUUUAUUUGAAUUAUUCCUACUGAAGGUCCUUAUUUCUGGAGAACAGCCAGGCAUCUUGUGAUCCACUCCUUCCACUCUUUAAAGGCUUCCACAGGUUUUGGCAAAGUUACCAGCUCCUCACGACUGUGUUUUGGAGUAACUCUAGGAGUGUCGGUGGAUUUUAUUUCCUCACAUUGCCAUGUUCAGUCUCUGUAUGGUGGAAAGUGGUGCUGACGAGGUGAAUUUACACGGUGUGACCAGUCUUGGCUUAAAGCAGGCCCUGGAGUUUGCAUACACAGGACAGAUUUUGUUGGAGCCAGGCGUGAUCCAGGAUGUGUUAGCGGCUGGCAGUCACCUACAGUUACUGGAGCUUCUCAAUUUAUGUUCUCACUAUCUCAUCCAGGAAUUAAAUAGCUUUAAUUACUUGGAUCUGUACAGACUUGCUGACCUCUUUAACCUCACUUUGUUGGAGAAGGCAGUGAUCGAUUUCUUAGUGAAACACCUCUCUGAGCUCCUGAAGAGUCGGCCGGAGGACAUUCUAACGCUGCCUUAUUGUCUGCUUCAGGAGGUUCUGAAGAGUGACCGCCUGACCUCCUUGAGCGAAGAGCAGAUCUGGCAGCUGGCCGUGCGGUGGCUGGAGCGCAGCUGCCACCACCAGUACAUGGACGAGCUGCUGCAGUACGUCCGCUUCGGCCUCAUGGACGUGGACACGCUGCACGCCGUGGCCCUGUCCCACCCCCUGGUCCAGGCCAGCGAGACGGCCACGGCGCUGGUCAACGAGGCCCUGCAGUACCACCAGAGCAUCUACGCGCAGCCCGUGUGGCAGACCCGCAGGACCCGGCCGCGCUUCCAGUCGGACACGCUGUACAUCAUCGGCGGGAAGAAGCGCGAGGUCUGCAAGGUCAAGGAGCUCCGGUACUUCAACCCCGUGGACCGGGAGAACGCCCUCCUGGCUGCCGUGGCCAACUGGAGCGAGCUGGCGCCCAUGCCCGUGGGGCGGAGCCACCACUGCGUGGCCGUCAUGGGCGACUUCCUCUUCGUCGCGGGCGGGGAGGGGGAGCACGCCAGCGGGCGGACGUGUGCCGUGAGGACCGCCUGUCGCUACGACCCCCGCAGGAACUCCUGGGCGGAGAUCGCGCCCAUGAAGAACUGUCGGGAGCAUUUCGUGCUGGGAGCCAUGGACGAGUACCUCUAUGCCGUCGGGGGCAGAAACGAGCUGCGUCAGGUCCUGCCUACGGUGGAGCGGUACUGCCCCAAGAAGAACAAGUGGACGUUUGUCCAGUCCUUCGACCGCUCCCUGUCCUGUCACGCUGGCUACGUGGCCGACGGUCUUCUGUGGAUAUCAGGUGGAGUAACUAACACGGCACAAUAUCAGAACAGACUAAUGGUAUAUGAACCUAACCAGAAUAAGUGGAUAAGCCGCAGCCCCAUGCUGCAGAGGCGGGUCUACCACUCCAUGGCCGCCGUUCAGAGGAAGCUUUAUGUCCUUGGAGGCAAUGACCUGGGUUACAAUAACGACCGGGUCCUUGUGCGGCACAUUGAUGCCUACAACAUAGACACUGACCAGUGGACGCGCUGCGGUUUUAACCUGUUGACUGGCCAAAAUGAAUCUGGAGUUGCUGUCCAUAAUGAGAGAAUAUACUUAGUUGGCGGAUAUUCGAUUUGGACAAAUGAGCCUCUGGCUUGUAUCCAGGUGAGCGGUUGAAGUCCCCUUUUGAAGUUCAUUCAAGUGGCUCAGUGAGGUUAUUUUUUGCAGUGCUGAAUUGAAGGAAGAGGAUAUCUACAUGUGGAAAGAAGAUUGAGCUCCUUUGUGCGGCUAGGUCAGCCACUGAACUUCAUUCUGCACCCUAAAAAUGAUAUCUAAUGAUUGAGUCCUGUUGAAAAUAAAGAUGGGAAUGAGCUUUAACAGUAUACAUAAUGUAUACAGGAAGUGGGGGAAGUGGAAUGCCUUUCCCUUUUUUAAAACCAAAACCUGUUGAAAUGUUGGUAACUGUACUUUCACAUCUGCAAAACUUAUUUUCUGUAUAUUCCAAUUCGUUCAUUUAACAAAUGCACCCUACAGUGGUGUUCUUUCCUAGCAGAAGUGAGUAG